GCGAUUGGUUGCAUUUUCUGGCGCUAGCAUCUCGGCCUUGGCGAGUCGUUGUGUAGUGUUGAAACCGUUCAGCCCAGGCCGUUUUCAAAGUUCCGCUCAGGAAGCGGGAAGUGAACAUGCGAACCGCUAAUCAGAUCCGGAGUGAAAUUCUUUCAACGUAAAAGCACAUGUGAAUCUGUGGUUUGGUGAUUUGUGGAGUGGGAAAGGAAUUCGCCGUGAGCCAAGCGAAAGUAAUUAAAUCCCGAAAUUUAACGAUCGCAACAAGUUUGGUGCCAACGAUGGAGGUCGAAGACGUGUGACUUUCCAUCGCGAAGACAAGGAAAAGGAUGUCUCGAUAGAGAACUAACAGUUGGGCAGCAUUAGUCUCGAUUGAUCCUGUAUUGUGUUUUGGGAUAGUUUCAGUGGAUAUGCUGCGGUAGCAGAUGGGCAUUAGUUUACAGUUGACAAACUAGUGAAAAUGGUGCUGAAGGUAGAGAAGAAGUGCUUUAAAGUCCCACUGGGAGUGUGAACUUCAUCACCCUAUUCGACAUAGGAAACUUGAGACAAAUUAAUCAAUUAGUCAAAGGAGUUUAAGGAGAACUUUGUCAGCAAGUUGAGACGCAGCACUAAUUAGUAGUUCACUUUUAUAAAAGACAACAAUCCAAAGAAAGAAUGCACGCAGCGGAUGGAAUUGCCUAUCAUUAUGCAAACAACAACUCACUAAACACGAGUGAUAUAGAGAUCGUGAAAGAACAAGACGCACUGUACGAUGUUCCGGUGGGUAUAGUGGUGGUGCUGUCGCUGUUCUACGGUACAAUCAGUAUUCUAGCUGUGAUAGGCAACUUGCUGGUGAUAUGGAUCGUCCUUACGACGAAGUACAUGCAAAAUGUCACGAACAUGUUCAUAGCAAAUUUGGCUCUGGCGGACGUUACGAUCGGGAUGUUCGCCAUCCCGUUCCAGUUCCAGGCAGCGGUGCUGCAGCGUUGGAAUCUUCCAGAGUUCAUGUGCCCCUUCUGUCCGUUUGUGCAGCUACUCAGCGUCAACGUGUCGGUUUUUACGCUGACCGCCAUCGCGGUCGAUCGACACAAGGCCAUUAUUAAUCCACUUAGAGCUCGUAAAUCGAAAAAUGUCCCCAAAUUUGUACUCAGUGCCAUUUGGGUGACGUCGUUUGCGCUGGCCGCACCGACCAUUUUCGCUCUGCGGGUUGUUCCCGUGUCAAUAGUUAGUCUGGGCAGUACGAACGAAACGUACACCAACAUGACAAAACCCUUCUGCCAGGUGGUCAAUUUUGAAGAAUCGGAGAUGCUGCUCUACCGGUAUAUUUUGACUCUGGUGCAAUACUUCAUUCCCCUGUGUGUCAUCAGCUUCGUGUACAUCCAAAUGGCCUUCCGGCUGUGGGGUUCCCGGAUGCCUGGCAAUGCACAGGACGUGCGCGACAACACAGUGCUGAGGAACAAGAAGCGGGUCAUCAAAAUGCUGAUCAUCGUGGUGGCCCUCUUCGCCAUCUGCUGGUUCCCACUGCAACUGUACAACGUGCUGCAUGUCACGUGGCCAAGUGUUAACGAAUAUCGAUACAUCAAUAUCAUUUGGUUCGUGUGCGAUUGGCUGGCUAUGAGUAACAGCUGCUAUAACCCAUUCAUUUAUGGAAUCUAUAAUGAAAAAUUCAAGCGCGAGUUUCGCAAUCGCUUCACAUUUCGUGGCAAGACGCUCAACCACGACCAGGCGACCGAUAGGACGAUAUCGAUGUGUACCCGGGUGAGCUCGAUACGGUCCAGCUACGCGACAUCUUCGAUACGCAAUAUGCUGCACACGACCAAGCCCAUGACGAGCACCUUCAACAAAGGCGGUGGGGGUGGUGGCUGUCGUCGGAACCACACCCAGAACUACAAUUCUCAGCAGCAGCAGCAGUUUUACAGAAGCACUGUUCCACAAAACUCGGUCCGUUUCACAAACAGCACCAUCGAUUGCCGCCGGUCGAACAAUCCGCUGAGGGAACCGAAAGCAAACUCCCGCCAACAAUCGCGGGGAAGCUCACCGGGUUCGAGCAACAACGACGAACUGAUGCAAAAUCUUCUACUCAAAACGGAAGAGGCGUGUGGCGGAAUGAAGCCGGAACAAGUCUCCUUGAACCAUCCCCAUCCGGACAGCUCGGAUGAGGAUGGGGAGCGGGAGCUGGUAAGCCACCACCUCUCGAGUGCGAACAUCAUCGACAGCAACGGAAAACAGAAACGAAUCUCCUCCUCGUCCUCCUCCGCGUCCCGAGUCAAUAACGGUCGCUCGUCGGAUCGACUCCAUCUGUACUCUAACAAUUUGCAAAGUGUCAAAUUGUACGAUUAAAAGUUUUUGAUCGUGUUUGGAUGUUAACUAUUUUUACAAAAUAAAGAAAGUGGAAGGAAAAAAAACUAAGAUUUAAUGAAAGUUUAUUCAUUAGUAUUUGCAGUGAUACCAGACAGCAUGAAU